AGAGAGAGAGACUGUGAGUGAGACACAGAGCGAGAGUGAGAGUGAGAGAGAGAGAGAGACAGAGAGAGAGAGGGAGGGGGGCCAAAGUCGACUCGAGUUUCUGCGUUCAGUAUCAAAGCGGGGCCAAAGCGCAGCGCGAGGAGAGCAGCAGCAGCACGAGCCCAACUUUCCAGCAGCCUGUGAGGAACUGUACUGCACUGUGGGGCUUUUUUUUCUUUUGUUUUUUUGUGUUGCUUUUCUUUUUGUUUACUCUCCUGCCAUGGCUGACGUGAACGAGUCCUCCUCGUCGGACGUGGCCAACCGCUUCGCGCGGAAAGGCGCGCUCAGGCAGAAGAACGUGCACGAAGUGAAGAACCACAAGUUCAUCGCCAGGUUCUUCAAGCAGCCCACCUUCUGCAGCCACUGCACCGACUUCAUCUGGGGCUUUGGAAAGCAGGGAUUCCAAUGCCAAGUGUGCUGUUUUGUGGUCCAUAAGCGCUGCCAUGAGUUUGUCACAUUCUCCUGCCCUGGAGCGGAUAAAGGACCGGACACAGAUGACCCUCGGAGCAAGCAUAAAUUUAAAAUCCACACCUAUGGCAGCCCGACCUUUUGCGAUCACUGUGGCUCCCUGCUGUACGGCCUUAUCCACCAGGGCAUGAAAUGUGACACCUGUGAUAUGAACGUCCAUAAGCAGUGUGUGCUCAAUGUGCCAAGCCUGUGUGGAACGGACCACACUGAGCGGCGAGGACGACUCUACCUGAAGAUCGAAGUGAGCGGAGAUGAGCUGCACGUUACGGUGGGCGAGGCCAGGAACCUGAUCCCGAUGGACCCUAACGGCCUGUCCGACCCGUAUGUCAAGCUGAAGCUCGUCCCUGACCCCAAAAAUGAGACCAAGAAGAAGACCAGAACCAUCCGCUCCUCCCUAAAUCCCACCUGGAACGAGUCAUUCACAUUUAAGCUGAAGCCCUCGGAUAAGGACCGCAGGCUCUCUGUGGAGGUUUGGGAUUGGGACAGAACCACCAGGAACGACUUCAUGGGUGCCAUGUCCUUCGGAGUGUCAGAGCUAAUGAAAUCUGCAGUAUGCGGAUGGUACAAGAUGCUGAACCAGGAGGAGGGCGAAUAUUACAACGUGCCGAUCCCGGAGGAGAAUGAUGGGAAUGUGGAGCUCAGGCAGAAGUUUGAGGAUAAGACAUUGAAAGGCCUUAAACAGAAAGCCAAGCUGGGCCCCGGUAAGAAGGCCAUCACCCCGCUGGACGAUGACAGGUCCAGUAUACCCUCCUGUAACCUGGACCAGGUCAAGCUCUCUGACUUUAACUUCCUGGCUGUUUUGGGGAAAGGAAGCUUCGGGAAGGUCAUGUUAGCGGAGAUGAAGACCACCGAGGAGCUGUAUGCUAUAAAGAUCCUGAAGAAGGACGUGGUGAUUCAGGACGAUGAUGUGGAGUGCACCAUGGUGGAGAAGAGAGUGCUGGCCCAGCAAGACAAACCCCCGUUCCUCACCCAGCUCCACUCCUGCUUCCAGACUGUGGAUCGUCUGUAUUUCGUGAUGGAGUAUGUGAAUGGGGGUGACCUCAUGUAUCACAUUCAGCAAGUGGGCAAGUUUAAAGAACCCCAGGCUGUGUUUUACGCAGCAGAGAUCGCUGUGGGCCUGUUCUUCCUGCACCGGAAAGGAGUCAUAUACAGGGACCUGAAGCUGGAUAAUGUAAUGCUGGACGCUGAAGGUCACAUUAAAAUCGCGGAUUUCGGAAUGUGUAAGGAGAACAUACAUGAAGGCGUCACGACACGCACCUUCUGUGGGACACCCGACUACAUCGCCCCAGAGAUCAUAGCAUACCAGCCAUACGGGCGCUCUGUGGACUGGUGGGCAUAUGGUGUACUGCUGUACGAGAUGCUGGCUGGACAGCCACCGUUUGACGGUGAAGAUGAGGAUGAGCUGUUCCAGUCCAUCAUGGAGCACAACGUGUCCUACCCCAAAGCCUUGUCCAAAGAGGCUGUGUCCAUCUGUAAAGGGCUGAUGACGAAGCACCCUACAAAGCGGCUGGGCUGUGGUCUGGAGGGUGAGCGGGACAUUCGGGAGCAUGCAUUCUUCCGCCGGAUUGACUGGGAACGCCUGGAGAACAGAGAGAUACAGCCUCCAUUCAAACCAAAAGUGUGUGGAAAGGGGGCGGAGAACUUCGAUAAGUUCUUCACGCGUACGCAGCCUCAGCUGACCCCUCCAGACGAGCUCGUCAUCGCCAACAUCGACCAGUCUGAGUUCGCCGGUUUCUCCUUCAUCAACCCGCAGUUCGUCCACCCCUCCCUCACCAACACCGUAUGAAGGAGGGACGAGGCAGUCACAGGAGUAACUCUACCUACACAACCCCAAACGCCUCAUGCUUAGCGUUGUCCCCAAACUCCUAAUCCAAACCUCUCUUAACUCCAAGAAUCUUCUCUUUUCUUCUGUUGUAGAUUUUCACAAGAUUUCUUCUUCUGUCCAUUGUUUCAGUUUUAGGCCAGUCAAAGAGUUUACCUUAAUGAUGUAAAA